CCGCUCCGCUCCGUUCCCCGCCGCGCGGGGCUGCCCGGACCCGCCUGACGGAGCCGCCGCUCCCUGGGCCCGCCGGUCACAGCACCGCACCGGGGCCGGGAGGCAUCGGGGACAGCCGGGCGGCCGCCUGGGCCUGCGGGGCCUGCCGGGAGGCCUCUCCCUCCGUCCUCAGGGCGGCCUCGGGAUGGCGGCGUGAGGCGGCGGCACGGCGCGAACAGCCUGCCUGCUGGAGGAGUUGCUGAAGCCUGUUCUGGAGCACAUCUGACUGCUACUGCCACGAGSCCCCAGCCAGCCAGCCACGAUGUACUGCCUUCAGUGGUUGCUACCUGUCCUGCUCAUACCCAAGCCCCUCAACCCAGCAUUGUGGUUCAGUCACUCAAUGUUCAUGGGAUUCUACCUGCUCAGUUUUCUCCUGGAACGGAAACCUUGCACAAUUUGUGCCUUGGUCUUCCUGGCAGCUCURUUCCUCAUCUGCUACAGCUGUUGGGGGAACUGUUUCUUGUAUCACUGCACAGGAUCCCAGUUACCGGAAUCAGCUCACGAUCCCAGCAUAGUGGGCACCUAGAAAAUCAUAAUCUUCCACUCUGCAGAGGGCUCUUGUUUUGCUUUUAAAAUGGGGGUGGGGCUGGGGAGGAGGGGGUGUUGGGUAUGGGMCUGGAGUAAGGACAGCCUGUUUCCUGUAACUGUGUGUGGACUAGAGUGGCAAAUUCUUCCCACUCUGCCUGUGAAAUUCGACUCGUUUACUGUGUGAACUCUGGCAGCACCACCUGCUUUUUUAGAAGCAGAAGUCUUUUUUUUUUUCCUUUCCCGUAUCACCGGGAACAGACACCAGCCCUCUCAACUGAGAACUGCUAGAAGCCUGAGCCGCUGGCUCCUGCCCAGCUGGGAGUGCUGGAGUUGUGUGUCACUUGUCUGCAUUAGGCCAUGGUGGUCUAACUCAGGACUCUUGGCCCACUGAUCCUGCUCGAAUAGCUACAAGAUUCUCUGUCUCUCUUUGUGGGGAGCCAGCCUUCCCACCUUGCUGAUCAAGGGCAAGUGCAACAGCUCACAAAUGGACUUGGCCMAAAGCUGCUGGAGCCAGAGGCAGUUGAGUCAUCUUCUCCUGCUCAGCCUGCCAAAGAGAUGUGUGCACUGCUGAAGUGCUUUCUGAACUCUGUAUGCUCCAAGAUCCCAGUCUGAAAGCCUCAGUUAUGCUGCUGCUUUUAUAAAGCCUCACAGGCAGUAGAGACUGUCUCUUCCCCUCCUCCUACAUGUCCCAGGUUUACCAAGGUAUUGACUGUUGAGAUAAAGAACUGGCAUGCUGCAAGACACAGGGUUGUGGAAGCCACUGUGAACUUCACCCUACAAAACUCGUGCUGGCCUGAAAGGCUGGGUGUGGGCAGGGCAGGAGCGGAUCCGCAGGUGGAGGCAUGGCUUGAAGCAGUAAAUGCUUCAGCCAUUUUCAGAGAUAAUGGUUUUGGGCCAGAGGUGACAAAAGGUGCUGGUGCUACUGAUUAGAGAAGGGCAGAGGCUGGAAGAAUGCCUGGUGUCUCCAGCUUCCCUGGCAGAAGGAUGUCAAGAAUCCAAGAUGGUGGUUGGUCAGGCAUACAGCCUGGGGCAGAGGUUGGUUUGUGAGAAGCCUUAGAGGCUGACAUGAAACGCUUAUCUCUAAACUUUGAAGGUUUCCCUCCACUUUGCCAUCUGUUUGUCUUKCCUUGAGUCUUCUGGUGGAGAGCAGCAGAAGUGGCCAUUGCUCUCCUGAGGCAGUUCACGCUAUGAGGUUGUGAAACUUCCAGAGUAUUGUUUGUUCAUUGCACAGCUGUUCAAAAUGUUUAAUAAAGCUUUAUAAACUUUGG